AUGAUCAAUUACUCUAGAUCACCGUGGGCUUCUUCGACCGUGGUGAUCAUCAAGAAGAACGGAGUGAAUAUCAGGUUGUGCAUCGAUUACCGAUUGGUUAACAGUCUAACUCAGCUGAUGAUCUACCCAAUGCCCUUGAUCAACGACUUACUUGAAGAUCUGGAAUCGACACUCUGGUACUGUUCUUUGGAUAUGGCGAGGGGAUUUUGGGUAGUGAAAAUGACGCAUCGUGCUCGUUUGAUCUCGUUUUUUAUCACCCCCUUUGGGCAAUUUGAAUGGAAGCGAAUGACCUUUGGCUUGAAAAAUGCGCCCCGAUCUAUCAACUUAGUGGAUUCACCCGGAUCCCGAAGUCUGAAGAUCACAGAAGUGUUUGAGGACGCGGAACCGGUGGAUCCAGGCAAGCCAUCGGUGCUUGGGCGUAGAUCACACAUCGACGACAUCCUGAUCACAGCCAAUAACUGGGAUCAAGUAUAUGAUCGAGUUGAAGGUUUACUCGAAGCGUGCGAUAAGCGGAAUCUGUCGAUCGGUGUGGUUAGGAGCUUCUGGGGAAUGCCUAAGGUGGAAUAUCUGGGUCAUAAGGUCUCCCACAAUGGACUGGAGGCGAAUUCAAAGGAUCGGUUGGCUUUGACUGCCCUACCAUUUCCAGGAUCACUUAACGUCAUGCAGUCAUUUUUAGGGAGUCUGAACUACUACAGUCGAUUUAUCGAAGACUACGCGAUCUACGCGUCAGUUCUGUAUGAAUUGCAAGAAACCGACUUCGCCGCGAUGAUGAGGGACACCAGCCAAGUACGGAUCCAACAAGUGCUAGAGGUGGAGAGUGUGGAUCCAGAAUCACAGGAGGAUCAAGCGAUCGACCACCAGAAGACUCUGGAUAUGGAAGCGCAAGAUCUCAUUGAAGUGGAUCCACGUUGGAUCCAUGCCUAUCGGUCGUUCGACGUGCUUAAGUCCAAGAUCGCCACUACUUCGAUCCUGCGGCACUUUGAUCCAGAUCGAAGAGCUACGGUUGUGAUGUAUGCGAGUGAGGGACCAUUUCGGGAUCGU